UAUAAGCCUGCCGCCCUCUUCCUCCUCCUAUCCCCUGGCUACCUUCCAGCCUCCUCCCCUUCCAGACAGUCCUUACUUCUUUCCCCUCUAGGCUGCAGCCAGCCUGAGCCCCCUGCCUGCCGAGUCAGGAUCCCAGGUGGGGUAAGAACCUCAGCGCCAGGAUGUUGACAACAUUGCUGCCACUGCUGUGUCUGCUGCUCCUGCCCAGCUGGGCCUUUUGUAGCCAGGAAGCCUCAGAUGGCCCUCGGAACCUCCACAUGCUGCAGAUCUCCUACUUCCGCGACCCCUAUCAGGUGUGGCACCGGGGCAACGCGUCGCUGGGGGGACUAACGACGCACGUGCUGGAAGGCCAGGGCACCAACGUCACGAUCCUCCAGCUGCAGCCCUUGGAGGAGCCCGAGAGCUGGGCGCGCAGAGAGCGCCGCCUGAAGACCUACCUGGACGAGUUCAACCUGCUCGUGCGGCUGGUGCACCAGGAGCGGCGCGUGAACUUUCCUCUGACCAUUCGCUGCUCCCUGGGCUGUGAGCUGCCUCCUGAGGGCUCUCCAGCCCACGUCUUCUUUGAAGUGGCUGUGAAUGAGAGCUCCUUUGUGAGUUUCCAGCCAGAGAAAGCCUUAUGGGUGGCAGGGCCCCCGGUACCCUCCAAAGUGGUCACCUACACUCUGCAUCAGCUCAACUCCUACAAUCGUACUCGGUACGAACUGCGAGAAUUCCUGCAAGACACCUGUGUCCAGUACGUGCAGGAACACAAUGCUUCAAAAAACUCAAAAGGGAGCCAAACAGGACGCUCCUACACCUCUCUGGUCCUGGGUGUCCUGGUGGGCAGUUUCAUCAUCGUUGGUGUGGCUGUAGGCAUCUUCCUGUGCACAGGUGGACGGCGGUGUUGAUCACUCUCCAGCCCCCUCUGAGAAAGAGCUGGACUGAUGAGGCUGGCAAGGAAAGAUCUCAGCUUACUGCAAAACCAAAGAGAUUCCCCAUCUGGGACGUUAUAUCCCAGAAGGUUUGGAGUGGCAGCUCCUCUCCCUGAUCUGCCCACCAAGAAUUUGGGGGCGGGGAAGGAGAGGGAGGAAGCUAGGUAGACAGAGUUGAAGUUGCAUGCUUUGCUGAAUUGGUCUGAGAAGCGAAUUCUUAUCUUUGUGGAAAACAGACGAUGGAGUUGGGUGGGGGUGGAGGAGGUCUAUGGCCCAUCCUUCAAAGGCAGAAUCACCUGAGGCAUUCAAAGCACCUAAUAAAUACAAGAAGUCCAUCCACAACCAAAAUAAACAAAAUUCAAUGCUUCCAGGCAUGGCAGACUUGGAAAGGGAUGCUGGUAUUAAUAGAGGUAGACAGAGAUAUCCAGAGAAAUGGUGAAUGUGUAAAAUAGAAAUAAUAUGGGAGCAGAGAAUUAUCAAUUACUUAAUAAUAUUAUUAAUAAAUUCCUUACUUAUGUA